GUCACCAUGGCGACCUCCCCCGGCUAGGAGGUGGAUGCCACGAGCGGCUUGAAUUGGUGGCAGGCGGCAGGUGUAAACAUAAACAAGCUAAGCUAACAAGACGCUCGUUCAAGAGUCAAAAGUGCAUCUGGAAGUAACAGAUGGAAAUGGUGCGAGGUAAAGCGCUGGCCCAUUGCGCUCUGCUUCUGCUGAGUCUGUGGCUGUGCAUUAACUCACUGCCCAUUAGUGUGGACCAGAGCAAAGAGAACACAACCUCCAAACAGGAAGAACUGGAUGCCCCACAAAGUUCAAGCACCGGGCUACACUAUGACCGCUAUCUGAGGGAGGUCAUCGAGUACCUGGAGAAAGACCCACACUUUCGGGAGAAGUUAAAAAAUGCCAACAUGGAUGACAUCAAGCAAGGCAAACUUGCCAAAGAGCUGGACUUUGUCCACAACAAUCUGCGCACCAAGCUGGACGAGCUGAAGAGGGAGGAGAUGAACAGGCUGCGGAUGCUCAUAAAGGCCAAACUCGACUUGGUGGCGGGGGAUGGCUGGAAAGUGGACCACCAGGCCUUGCUGAAACAGUUUGAGCACCUCAACCAAGACAACCCGCACUCGUUUGAACCAGACGACCUGGACCGCCUCAUCAAAUCGGCCACUAAGGACCUGGAACACUUCGACAUGGAGCGCCACGAUGAGUUCAAGCGCUACGAGAUGAUGAAGGAGCACGAAAGGCGGGAGAAGCUGAAGGUCAUGACGGAGGAGGAACGCAAGAAGGACGAGGAACGCUACGAGGAGAUGAGAAAGAAGCACGCUGACCACGCCAAAGUCAACCACCCGGGAAGUGAGGAUCAGCUGAAGGAGGUGUGGCAGGAGUCCGACGGUCUCGACCCAAACGACUUUGAUCCGAAGACCUUUUUCAAAAUGCACGACAAUAAUGGCGAUGGUUUCUUUGACGAGAACGAGCUCGAGGCCCUCUUCACAAAAGAGCUGGAGAAGGUCUACAACUCCAAGAAUGAAGAAGACGACAUGGUGGAGAUGGAGGAGGAGAGGCUACGCAUGAGAGAGCAUGUCAUGGCCGAGGUGGACACCAACAAUGACAGACUGGUGUCAGUCGCCGAGUUCCUGGCAGCCACGAAGAAGCAGGAGUUCCAACAAAAGGAGGGGUGGGAGACCUUGGAGCAGCAAAACUCCCUGUUCACCGAGGAGGAGCUGGCAGCGUACGAGCAGCAGCUGGCCAAUGAGGGCAAGAUGAUCCUGGAACAGGCGCUGGAACUACAGAAGCAAAGGGAGGAGCUCCAGAAGAAGCAGGAGGAGCUCAAUGCUCAGAAGCACGACCUUCAGCAGGCCAUGGAUGAACUGGAGAGGAGAAAAGGCCAAUCCAAGCCUGACAUCAAAGAUUCUGUAGCAACAGGAGCUGGAAGUGAAACGGCGUUAAACGGGCACCAGUCUCAAACGCCUCCCGUGCUCUGACACUCUUAACGGGUCCCAACAGUGUAUGUGUGUGCGUUUGUCAUUUCAACCUUCUGUCCUGUCCAAUUUUGUGUUUGUUUCAAAUACCACUGGAUAAAAUAGGGUUGCAAACAGGUGGAAAUGUUCUGAUACAUUUCCAGGGGAAUUUUGGAAGUAUACAUGCGAGGGCAUAACGGUACCUUAAUUGCUCCAUUAUAGUUUUUUCACUGAACUCGAGUGGAAGCUCGCUCGUUACUCAUAUUUUGGCUCGCAAUACAAAGCAAUAAAAUUGACCAAGUGACAGCAAGUUGUCGGCACUCGUAAGAUAAAGUAAGCCGCUACAGUGAAAUCUGGUUGUAUUAGUCAGUGUUAAUGUAUGUGUUGGUACAUUUCCUGUUUAUUCCCAUAAAUUAAAGUUUGAAAUUUUUAAAAUCCUGGAAUUUUGCAACCCUAGAUGAAAUUGGGCCCAAAAUGGCUGCUUUUCUUUACACUGUAAAUUGUUGCCACUGAAACUCAAGGGGAAAUGAUUCAAUGUAUUUAUUAAUUUAAAUCUACAGCUACUGUUGUUAUGACAACCACAUCCCUGAAGACCUUUACACUUCAUGUACUUUAAUGGAUUAACUAAUUCUAUUUUUGGAAUGAGCCCUUUAUGGUUUAUUAUGUAUGAAUGCAUCUUUUUCCCAUCACAUCAUACUUUCUAUGGCUCAACAUUUCAGCACCAUCUUGUUCUGAGAGACAAUAAAGUGAAUGAAGCAGCAA